CUCGCCGUGUACUCUUGGCGCAGGGCCUUCUGGGAGCUGUAGUGCCCCGGUCGCGGCGGCGAGGGGCGCUCCCUUUUCAGCUAAGCCGUUAGCGCCGAGCCCGCCCGGGUGCGGGUCGCCGGCCGCGGCGGCGGCGCCCCUGCCAGUGAGCCCCUGUCCGAAGUGGGCCACGGCAUUGACUCGGGGCUGCCCGGGGGCAGGGCACUGAGGAGGGAGUUGCGCGCGCGAGGCGAGGGCGAUGGGGCCAAGAACCGGGGCGAUAGCGCGGCAGCGGUGACAGCUGAGACCCGCCGCGGUCGGGCUGCCCCCUCCCCUCGCCCCGACCGCUCCCCUGCUGGUGAGGGCCGGCGGAGGCGGCGGCGGCGGCUCCCCUGGUGGCAGUGGUGGUGGCGGCGGCGGCGGCGGCGCUCCUGGUGGCAGUGGUGGCGGCGGCGGCGGCGGAGCAGCCCCCCGGGAUCGUGUCCGGAGCUCGAGGAGCGGGUGGCGCCCGUCGAGCUAUGCGCGGGGGCGGCGGCGUCUCCUCCUGUUCCGCCUCCUCAGUCUCCUCCUCCUCAGUCUCAUCGGUCUCGCAGAAUCCGCUGGCGGCGGCGGCGGCGCCAGGACAUGGAGCUCGAGAACAUCGUGGCCAACUCGCUGCUGCUGAAAGCGCGUCAAGGAGGAUAUGGCAAAAAAAGUGGUCGUAGUGAAAAAUGGAGGAAGAUACUGACACUGCCUCCUGUCAGCCAGUGCAGUGAGCUUAGACAUUCCAUUGAAAAGGAUUAUAGCAGUCUUUGUGACAAGCAACCGAUAGGAAGACUUCUCUUCAGGCAGUUCUGUGAUACCAAACCCACUCUAAAGAGGCACAUUGAAUUCUUGGAUGCAGUGGCAGAAUAUGAAGUUGCCGAUGAUGAGGACCGAAGUGAUUGUGGACUGUUAAUCUUAGAUAGAUUCUUCAAUGAUAAGUUGGCAGCCCCUUUACCAGAGAUACCUCCAGAUGUUGUGACAGAAUGUAGAUGGGGACUGAAGGAGGAGAAGCCUUCCAAAAAAGUCUUUGAGGAAUGUACUAGAGUUGCCCAUAACUACUUAAGAGGGGAACCAUUUGAAGAAUACCAAGAAAGCUCAUAUUUUUCUCAAUUUUUACAAUGGAAAUGGCUGGAAAGGCAACCCGUAACAAAGAACACAUUUAGACAUUACAGAGUUCUAGGAAAAGGCGGAUUUGGAGAGGUUUGUGCCUGUCAAGUGCGAGCCACAGGAAAAAUGUAUGCCUGUAAAAAGCUACAAAAAAAAAGAAUAAAGAAGAGGAAAGGUGAAGCUAUGACUCUAAAUGAAAAAAGAAUUCUGGAGAAAGUGCAAAGUAGAUUCGUAGUUAGUUUAGCCUAUGCUUAUGAAACCAAAGAUGCCUUGUGCUUGGUGCUCACCAUUAUGAAUGGAGGGGAUUUGAAGUUUCACAUUUACAACCUGGGCAAUCCCGGCUUUGAUGAGCAGAGAGCUGUUUUCUAUGCUGCAGAGCUGUGUUGCGGCUUGGAAGAUUUACAGAGGGAAAGAAUCGUAUACAGAGACUUGAAGCCUGAGAAUAUUCUCCUUGAUGAUCGUGGACACAUCCGGAUUUCAGACCUUGGUUUGGCCUUGGAGAUCCCAGAAGGACAGAUGGUUCGAGGGAGAGUUGGAACAGUCGGCUACAUGGCACCUGAAGUUGUCAAUAAUGAAAAGUAUACGUUUAGUCCCGAUUGGUGGGGACUUGGCUGUCUGAUCUAUGAAAUGAUUCAGGGACAUUCUCCAUUCAAAAAAUUCAAAGAGAAAGUCAAACGGGAGGAGGUCGAUCAAAGAAUCAAGAAUGAUACUGAGGAGUAUUCCGAGAAGUUUUCGGAAGAUGCCAAAUCUAUCUGCAGGAUGUUACUCACCAAGAAUCCAAGCGAGCGGCUGGGCUGCAGGGGUGAGGGAGCGGCUGGGGUGAAGCAGCACCCCGUGUUCAAGGACAUCAACUUCAGGAGGCUGGAGGCAAACAUGCUGGACCCCCCUUUCUGUCCUGAUCCUCAUGCCGUUUACUGUAAGGACGUCCUGGAUAUCGAGCAGUUCUCAGCGGUGAAAGGGAUCUACCUGGACACUGCAGAUGAAGACUUCUACGCUCGAUUUGCUACAGGGUGUGUCUCCAUCCCCUGGCAGAAUGAGGUACUGCCCUUCCAGCACAGCUGCUUUACGUUAGUUCCAGCAGUGACCAGGAAAAUGAUGAUCGAAUCUGGGUGUUUCAAAGACAUCAACAAAAGUGAAAGUGAGGAAGCUUUGCCAUUAGAUCUAGACAAGAACAAACAUGUCCCGGUUUCCAGACCAAACAGAGGCUUCUUCUGUAGACUCUUCAGAAGAGGGGGCUGCCUGACCAUGGUCCCCAGUGAGAAGGAAGUGGAACCCAAGCAAUGCUGAGCACCCCGGUGCAGACCACACAGCAGACCCUGGCGCCAGGAAGGAGCAUGUGUUAGCUUCUAGUCCCACCUGGAAUUGUAAGAAAUACAUCUAAAUAAAACACGCCUUGGGAGUGUACAGAUCUUUCUGCACUAA